CUCGGAUUAAGUUGGUUGAACCGUUAAGCGGCCCUCUAAACUUUGGACAAGGGAUUGUAGUGGAUUUUUGAAAAAAAGAAUCCCGGUUAACGACCUUAACAAAUGAAAUGAUCGAUCGGUUGUUGACCCAGCUUUUGAGCCACCGCCUUAACCAAACAAAGCUGUUAAGAUCGAACCAGUCAAUUCUCAGCUCUGAGCGGUACGGUUAAUUCAUUUCUUAUCUAUCACACAAAGUUGAAUCGUAACCCUAAGCGAAUUCAACAAUCGAGAGAGCGAGAGAGAUCAAUUAACCCCAGCGAAUCGAAUAUGCCGAAGAAGAUGGGUCUGAACAGCAAGGCGGAGGUCGCCAAAUCUCGUAAGAACGCCGCGGAGGCUGAGCAGAAGGAUCGUCAGACUCGGGAGAAAGAGGAACAAUACUGGCGCGAGGCGGAAGGUCCCAAAUCCAAAGCGGUGAAGAAGCGAGAAGAGGAAGCGGAGAAGAAGGCAGAGACCGCCGCUAAGAAAUUGGAGGCGAAGCGUCUGGCUGAGCAGGAGGAGAAAGAGUUGGAGAAGGCUUUGAAAAAGCCAGACAAGAAGGCGAAUCGCGUCACUGUGCCGGUUCCUAAGGUCACAGAGGCUGAGCUCAUCCGAAGACGCGAGGAAGAUCAAGUGGCUCUGGCUAAGAAAGCAGAAGACUCUAAGAAGAAACAGACUCGCAUGGCAGGGGAAGAUGAGUAUGAAAAGAUGGUUCUGGUGACCAAUACCAAUCGCGAUGAUUCUCUCAUCGAGGCACAUACCGUUGACGAGGCUCUUGCACGGAUUACUGUGUCAGAUAACCUGCCCGUUGAUCGACACCCGGAGAAGAGGCUCAAGGCUUCUUUUAAGGCAUAUGAAGAAGUGGAACUUCCAAGGCUCAAGUCUGAGAAACCAGGUCUAACUCACACACAGUACAAGGACUUGAUAUGGAAGAUGUGGAAGAAAUCACCAGAUAAUCCUCUUAACCAGGCUGCGGCUGCUGCUGCUAAUGAGUGAAAUGCAACCUGGAGUCAGAACAAUGGAAGGUGUGAUGAAGAAGGAGAUGCAUGGCAGAGAGCAUGAUGAAAAUCUUUUGUUUCCCAGAAAAUAUGUUUAGUGAGAGAUACUGUGUAACAUUGCUUAUUGUUUCUUGUGCUUUGUGUAUAAACACUAUGAUAUAGCCAGACAAUAUCGAUUUAAUAAGGAUACCUGUGAGCUGGAAUAAUCACAAUCACACAACAUGCGAGUAUGACCACAAUUUAUUUAAAAC